CUUUCGGGCAGUUGGUUCUCAGUAACCAUCUCGAGAGUGUUUAAAUACGAGGCCUCCUCUAAUCCGAGAGUGUUUUAGUGUGUCUUUUUUCCUCACAACACCCAGCAAAAAUGGCGGAUAAAGAAAAGAAGAAGAAGACCACCAAAAAGAAGGACGAUGGCAAGAAGGAGGAGGCGACCCCCGACGCGGAGCCAACCCCGGAGAAGCAGCCAACGCCGCCCAAGUCGGAGACGCCCAAGUCCCCUUCGGGCUCGUCCAGGGCCAGCCGCGGCAGCCGCAAGGCCAAGCGCACCGGCUCCAGCGUCUUCUCCAUGUUCACCCAGAAACAGGUCGCCGAGUUCAAGGAGGCCUUCCAGCUGAUGGACCACGACAAAGACGGCAUCCUCGGCCGGGAGGAUCUGCGCUUCAUCUUCGACCAGGUCGGCCGUCUCGUCACCGACAAAGAGCUCGACGAGAUGCUCGGCGAGGCGCCCGGACCCAUCAACUUCACCCAGCUGCUGCAGCUCUUCGCCUCGCGCAUGCAGGGAGGAGGCGCUGACGACGACGACGUCGUGGCCAAGGCCUUCAACACCUUCGACAACGGACAGGGCAAGAUCGACGGCGAGAGACUGAGGCACGCGCUCAUGACCUGGUGCGAGAAAUUCACCGCGAGAGAGGUCAACGACGCGUACGAUCACUUCUACAUCGACGACAAAGGCAUGAUCGACAUCGAGUCGCUCAUCAACAUGUUGACCGGCAAGGGCGACGACGAAGACGAUUAGAUCAACAACUCGCCGCGAUUCAAACAAACACACACAAAAAAACACACACAGCCGUCACCGUAUAUCAUAAAUAAAUAAAUAAAUUUUAUUAUUAUAUA